AUGAGAAGUAAUAAAGAAGACGCAUUCGACACAGAAAGCGAGGAGAUGGAAACAUACAAAGCACCAGCAGAGGAGGAAACAGUAAACCUAACGGAAGACGAGCUGAAAAGGUAUGUAAAAUUCAGAAGAACCGGGUUUAACAAAGGAGGGAUUCGCAAGUUUGUCAGUCAAGUCUUGGAUCAGACAUGCAAUCCAAAUUUCUCAAUUGUACUUAGCGGAAUUGCAAAGGUGUUUGUGGCAGAGAUGGUUGAAGAAGCCAAGGAAGUGCAGGAGGAGUGGGAGGAUGGAGGAGAACUUCUUCCCUCACACAUCCAUGAAGCAUACAGAAGACUUUCUAAAAAGAACCCAAAUAUGGAAUGA